GCUGAUCCAGCGCGGCUCUUCCGGUGGAGACGUGGCUCUGCACUGCUGCCAUAUUGACGCUAACCAGCUAACAAUCACACAACUUGAAGUCAGCUGUAUAUUCGCGCCUUGCCAUUCCAGAGGGAUUAGAAAUCACCGAAGCAACAAAAACGAGAGACCAAGGACCAUCGUGCCGUAGAGAGAGACCAAAAUGGUGCUGUUGGCAGCGGCGGUGUGCACCAAGGCCGGCAAGGCCAUUGUAUCGCGGCAGUUUGUGGAAAUGACCCGGACACGAAUUGAGGGUCUCCUAGCUGCAUUUCCUAAACUGAUGAACACGGGCAAGCAGCACACAUUCGUGGAAACAGACAGUGUUCGCUAUGUGUACCAGCCGCUGGAGAAGCUCUACAUGGUCCUUAUCACCACCAAGAACAGCAACAUCCUGGAGGACCUGGAGACACUCAGACUCUUCUCCCGUGUGAUCCCAGAGUACUGUCGCAUGCUAGAGGAGAGUGAAAUAUCGGAGCACUGUUUUGACCUGAUCUUUGCCUUUGAUGAGAUUGUGGCACUGGGCUACAGAGAGAAUGUGAACUUGGCUCAGAUCCGCACCUUCACAGAGAUGGACUCCCACGAGGAGAAGGUGUUCCGCGCCGUCAGGGAGACCCAGGAGCGCGAGGCCAAGGCAGAGAUGAGGAGGAAGGCCAAGGAGCUGCAGCAGGCCAGGAGGGAUGCUGAGCGCUCGGGGAAGAAGGUGCCAGCUUUUGGCGGUUUCGGCAGCGCCGGCAUGACCAGUGUGUCCUCAGGGAGCAUCAUCACAGACACCAUCGUCGAGCCAGAAAAACCCAAGAUCACACCAGCUCCAGUCAGACCAAGUGGGCCCAGCAAGGCUCUGAAACUGGGCGCGAAAGGGAAAGAAGUUGAUAACUUUGUUGACAAGCUCAAAUCAGAAGGUGAAACCAUCAUGCCCACCACCGGAAAGAGGGGCUCAGAUGUUUCUAAAGUUCUGCCGCCACCAGUCAACAUGGAGAGUGUACAUCUGCGUGUGGAGGAAAAAAUCACACUGACAUGCGGCCGUGAUGGUGGCCUACAGAACAUGGAGGUGCUGGGCAUGGUGACACUCCGAGUCACAGAUGACAAAUAUGGACGCAUCCGCCUGGUUGUCAAUAACAAUGAUAGCAAAGGAUUGCAACUGCAGACACAUCCCAAUGUGGACAAGAAGCUGUUCACAGCGGAGUCAGUGAUUGGGUUGAAGAACCCCGAGAAGUCCUUCCCUCUCAACAAUGAUGUUGGUGUGCUGAAGUGGAGACUACAAACCUCAGACGAGUCCCUCAUACCUCUAACCAUAAACUGCUGGCCGUCAGAGAGUGGAACUGGCUGUGAUGUAAACAUUGAAUACGAGCUGCAGGAGGAGAGCCUCGAGCUCAAUGACGUGGUCAUCAGCAUCCCUGUACCGGCUGGUGUGGGAGCUCCAGUGAUUGGUGAUCUGGAUGGAGAGUACAAACAUGACAGCAGGCGAAACGUCCUCGAGUGGUGCCUACCUGUCAUUGAUGCCAACAACAAGACAGGCAGCCUGGAAUUCAGCAUUGCAGGGCAGCCCAAUGACUUCUUCCCUAUCAGUGUGUCCUUUGUGUCCAAACGCAACUACUGCGACAUCCAGGUUACCAAAGUGACUCACGUAGAUGGCGACAGCUCCGUUAGAUUCUCUUCAGAAACCUCAUUUGUUGUUGACAAAUAUGAAAUUCUGUAAACCCAUUCAAAGAAAAAAAUUGAAAAAAACAAAAUCACCAACAAAAAAAAAAAAA